AUGCCGGUGCGCACCACGCGCGCCCUGCCUGGGCGCUGCCCAACACCGACGCCCACGGGCGACGCGCCCCUUGAGCAGCUCCUGGCCCCGCUGGUCGGCGACGUGAACCCGCUCAAUGUAGGCGCCGCGCUACCAGCCAGCAACACCAUGGACGCCCUGAGCGCGGCGCGGGGCGCGGGCGUCGGCCCCCCGCCCCUGGCCCGAGGACGACGUCGCGGCAUUGCACACGUCAGGGGCAACGUCAAGGGGGAAGCUUCUCCCCCCCCUUACCCCUUUCCUUGUCCGCGUCGCCACAAAUGA